AUGGAGAGUGCCGUGGAAUGGUCAGGUAAAAAGACGACGGCAGAAGAGGCCAGCAAGUCAAGUGAAGCUAGUAGAAGUCCUACCGAGGGUACGACAAAAAGCAAAGAGGGCUCUAGGAAGGACGAGUCUAGAGGCAGCACUGAGGGGAAAAACCUCAGCGGAAGCGCCGAGAAGAAGGAUUCUGAAGACGAUGAAAAAUCGGAUGAACAAAGGUCGCGUUCUGAAGAGGAAGCCAUGUUCAACAAAUUGGAACCAUUCAAUGCUGAACCAUUAAAGCCAGUCACGCAAAGUGCCGGUCAGAAAAAAGCGGCUUCUGAAGAUGAGCUCAAAAGACCUAAAGAAAAAGUCAGAGAAUCUAAGGGAAGAACCGAGGAAAGGCGAAGAGAGGAGGGGGAGUGCCGCAGUGAAGGGAUUUCAAGAGAAGUCCGACGAAAAGGCUUUCUAGGAAGAAGCAGUGUAUAA